CUCCUCCUCCUUCCCCCCUUUUUUUCAUCCUCUGUUGCUGUGCGGAGUUCAGCUCUGACACAGCAUCAGCAUCAGCAGCACCACCACCGGGGAUAAAAUGCCAGCAACAGAUGCUGUCCAACCCGGCCGGCGUUCGUAAGACCACAUUCAGAAAGCGGUCCCAAGAAGGACAAGAUCAGAAAGUGGAAGAAGGAGAAAGAGGAAGAGGAGAGGAAGAAAGCAAUAUUUUUUCCUUUCCCUAGAAAGACAACAACUACAGGCAUUCAUUCAUCCUUUCUUUCUCCCAGUAUUAUAGAAAGAAUUUCAGCUUUCCGGCUUUCCAAUUUUGCAGACUGUGCUGAUUUUCCCUCUCCGGCCAUGUCAAAGCAAGAGGCCAACAACAGCAUGACAGACAAGGGAACCAACCUGCCCUGCAAUGGAAGAGAAGAAAGCCCAAUGGAAUCUGUCGCUGGGAGAAGAGAGCAGAAAGUUGGACAGCGGCAGGAAAUCGUCUGGAGGAACGUCAUCCUUAUGACCCUGCUCCAUGUCGGGGCCGUGUAUUCCCUAUGCCUCAUCCCCAAGGCCCAUGUGUUGACUCUGAUUUGGGCUUACCUCUGUUUCGUCAUGUGUGCCCUGGGCGUGACCGCAGGCGCCCACCGUCUGUGGAGUCACAGGUCCUACAAAGCCAAGCUGCCUUUGCGGAUAUUCCUGGCGAUAGCCAAUUCCAUGGCAUUUCAGAAUGAUAUUUUCGAAUGGGCCCGAGACCAUCGAGUGCAUCACAAAUACUCUGAGACAGAUGCGGACCCCCACAAUGCCCAGCGGGGCUUCUUUUUCUCCCACAUUGGCUGGCUAUUUGUCCGGAAACAUCGGGAUGUAAUUGAGAAAGGAAGCAAGCUGGACUUCAGUGACCUGCUGAAUGACCCUGUCGUUAUAUUUCAACGAAAGCACUAUGUGGCUUCCGUCAUACUGCUGUGUUUUGUCAUUCCUACGAUUGUGCCUUGGUACUUCUGGAAAGAGAGCUUGUGGAAUUCGUACUUUCUGGCUUCUAUCCUCCGGUACACGGUUUCGCUCAACGUCGCUUGGCUGGUCAAUAGCGCUGCUCACAUGUAUGGAAACCGGCCCUAUGACAAGAACAUCAACCCACGGGAGAAUGCCUUGGUCACUAUAGGAGCCAUUGGUGAAGGUUUCCACAAUUACCACCACACCUUUCCGUUUGAUUAUUCGGCCAGUGAGCUGGGCUUGAAAUUCAACCCAACCACGUGGUUCAUUGACUUCAUGUUUUGGCUGGGUUUGGUCACUGAGCGGAAGCAUGCUCCGAAAGAGAUGAUCCAGGCUCGCAAAGAGAGGACUGGAGAUGGCAGUUCUUGAAAACCAGAACCAAGUCUUUCAACGUUGAUGCUGCUGUAUGUGUCGUUCGUAUGUUUCUUUAGGGGCUUGGGGUGCGGAUCUCCUUACCCCGACCUUCUCCUUAGGAUGGAAGUAGUAUUCUUUCAUUGAACAUAGGCCAAAUAAGUUCCUGGGUUAAUUCUGUUUCACUCAAGGGCAAUGGUUUUCAAACUCUUCUGUUGGAGGGCAACAUUCACUCAUUAUGUGUUCAACCCUGAGUCGUUGCAGGGAAUUUGGAGCAUGAGCUAAUGCAAGGGAGAGCAGUCUUCAGGAAAGAACUUGGAGAGUUAUUAUUUUGGGCCUGAGCUUCAUGAACCCAUCCUACCAACCAUUCCAGUAUGGUUACUGGCCAUACUGGGCAGGGGGUUAUGAGAGUAUUAGUUUAAAAACUCAUUCAAGCAUUUAUUGAGUUUGUGAGAUCUAUUAGAUCCACCCCAGCAAAUUUCAUAAUAAUUUUUGGAUCAAAAUGGUCAUUCACCGAUGCAUUCAAUCACCCGAGUCAUGCAUAAGUAAUGCGCAGCUAUGGGUUCUGCACAUACAAGAACACAUCUGCAUCAGAAUUACUAGCAGAGCUGCAAACAGGCCCGGUCGACAAAUUCAUACUCAUAAAUGAUAUUCGAAAGACAAAAAAAUCAAUUAGUAGACGACCACUACAACAAAUGGUUUUUAAUGUAUUGUUGAAGGCUUCCAUGGCUGGAAUCACUGGGUUGUUGUAGUUUUUUGGGGCUAUAUAGCCAUGUUCUAGAAGCAUUCUCUCCUGAUGUUUUGCCUACAUCUAUGACAGGCAUCCUCACAACCUCUGAGGAUGCCUGCCAUAGAUGGAGGUGAAACGUCAGGAGAGAAUGCUUCUAGAAUAUGGACAUAUAGCCCGAAAAACCUACACAAACUCAAAUGGUUUUUAGUCUUGGAAGGGCAAGUUAUGUCAGGACUUCUAAGCAGGCGGUCCCAUUUUAUAACUAGAAUAUAUUGACAUCCAAAGAUAUGCAACUUGCAUUGAUUGAGUAGGCAGAUAAGCAUGGAAGGAGCUGCAAUCUUUUAGCUACACUGUGAGCUGGGAAUGUUUGCUGAUUCACCACAAAUCUUGCACAGAGUUUCCUCUAUUUUCUACUUAUGCCUAUGGUGUAGGCCAGUGUUUCUCAACCUGUGGAUCCCCAGAUGUUUUGGCCUCCAACUCCCAGAAAUCCUAAAAACUGGUAAACUGGCUGGGAUUUCUGGGAGUUGUGGGCCAAAAUACCUGGGGACCCACAGGUUGAGAACCACUGCAGUAGGCCCUUUUGUGGGGUUAGAUGUGCAUGACUGCCACUAAAGGCUAUUUGGUUUAUCUGAGAGAGCAUCUCUUUAGGAAUCUCAAGGUCCUGCAGCGUGGCUCCAUGGCCAAUGUCCUCUUGACUAUAUAGUCACUUCAGGACUCUUAGAUCAUAUUAAUCAAAUCAGCAAAAGUUAAAGCUGCAGACGGAGAGGACCAGCUGAAUUUUCAUCUCAUGCAGACCACUGAUUAUGUUUCCUCAGCUCAUCUUUCAUCCUGCACAGUGACAGCGUUUUGACAUUACUUUAACCGCCAUAAAUCCACCCUGUGGAAUCUUUCUAUUUAUAGUUUGGCAAGACAUUUAGAAUUUUUUACUAGAGAGCUUCGGAGUACAAAUACUGGCUCCAAAAGUGGCAUGGUAGUGUUUGGUUUUUUUCGUGUCAGGAGCAACUUGAGAAACUGCAAGUCACUUCUGGUGCGAGAGAAUUGGCCGUCUGCAAGGACAUUGCCUAGGCGAUGCCCAAAUGUUUUACUAUCCUUUAGGGAAGGCUUCUCUUAUGUCUACACAUGAGAAGCUGGAGCUGACAGAUGUUUUACUAUCCUGUAGGGAAGGCUUCUCUUAUGUCCACACAUGAGAAGCUGGAGCUGACAGAUGGGAGCUCACCCCGCUCCUCGGAUUCAAACCACUGACCUUUUGAUCAGCAGUAAUGUAAUAUCAAAGUGCUUUUACUGUGUAGUGUGAAAGAGUAUGGCUGAGAUGACAGUCUAGAAUAGCAAUUCUCCAACUAAAGAUUCUUAGAUGUCAUUGGAUUAUCAGUUGUCAGUGUGCCUCAUGAUUAGUCGUGGUGGCUAGAGCUUCCAGGAAUCUGGAAUCCAAAAAAAUAUUUGCAAGCUUGGGAAACGCUCCUCUAAAAUACAGAGAACACUUCCCUACAGUUGUGGAGAUCAUCAGAUUUCAGUCGUGGUGUGUAACCAUUCUGUUGAGGUCAUUUUGUCCACCACCAUUGAUAUUGUCAUUAAAGAUUCCCAGAUACCUCCCCAAAGAAUGUGAAGGUUCCUCAGUAUCCAGUUUGAAAACCAUUGCUUUAGUUGGAAUUAAAUCAUGGAUGGUUAUAGCCUAUAUUUGUAGCUGUCUUAAGUACAGUGUUUCAGAAAGUUAGAUAUUAUUUAAUAUUAGAGUUCAAUGUCGUAGAUCUUUUGACUUGAGUCAUCAUGACUAUGGCCAGUGAGUAUACUAAUACAGUUGCACGUGUACACUCUUGACAGAAUGAAGGAAAUGAGUUAAUGCAUAGUUUCAAACAAGCAAGCCUGAGAAUUGUUUCAUUCAUGGUGACAUUUUUCCUCUUCUGCUUUGCUCUGGUUUCUUGGAGGCACGGGAAAGGAGUU